UCUGAAAAAACUGACAAACACCAAACAGGGUGUUAAACAUCAGAGCAGCGCAGUCGACAUGUCACUGAUAAAUCACCCGCCGUACGACCCGUACAGUUACGCCGCCGCUCCUCCACCGCCGGAGGCCUACGCCUUUCCCGACACCAGCAACAAUAAUAUAAACACCCUUUUUAUUUCUGGUCUCCCUGAUGACGUCAGUGUUCGUGAGAUUCACAAUCUCUUCCGUCACCGACCCGGCUUCGAAUCUUGCCAGCUCAAAUACACCGGUCGCCGUAAUCAGGUGGUUGCUUUUGCUACUUUUAAUGAUCAUCGCUCCGCAAUAGCAGUUAUGCAUACACUCAAUGGUGUGAAGUUUGACCCUGAAACUGGACACGUUCUGCAUAUUGAACUAGCUAGAUCAAAUUCUAGGAGGAAAAAAGCAGGGAGUGGGCCAUACGUUGUGAUUGACAAUAGGAAAAACUCAAAAGACGACCCCCAAGAUAAUUCAAGUGAUGAUGGAGAUGGUGAAUCUGACUUACCAACUGGACCUGGAAACCCUGAAUCAUCUGACAAGGAUGAUAGAGAGAUCCAAAAGAGUGGCGAGACAGAGCCCAAUAUCGGUGCUUCAGAAAAUGAACAGACAGAGAAGAGUGUAGAUGGUCUCCAACCUUGUUCAACUUUGUUCAUAGCAAAUUUAGGCCCGACUUGUACCAGCGACGAACUCAAGCAGGUUCUUUCACAGUAUCCAGGAUUCAACUCUCUGAAGGUGCGAGAUAGAGGUGGAAUGCCAGUUGCAUUUGCUGACUUUGAGGAACUUGAACAAGCUAACGUGGUCAUGAAUGCACUCAAGGAUACAACACUGCCUUCUUCAGAUCGCGGUGGCAUGCAUAUAGAGUAUGCCAGAUCUAAAAUGAGGAAGCCUAAAGAGCCAAAAGGCAAGACAACAUGACUUGCAAAACACACAGUUUUGCAGCACAUAUCCGAACUGAAACCGUCAUCUUUACCAGUUCCUGUACUGUAGUUCUCAUCAUAUAAAAAGAUUCUUGAUAUUGUGUUCCCUGACAUCCAUAGCUAUUGUGGCGUUUUUAUUGGCAUAGGUGGCUGGGAAUAGGAUGCCAGUUUAUUCUUGUUUGUUCUUUUUUUUUUUUCCUUUUCUUUUAUCCAAAUGAUAAUGGGAAUGUUGGACAUGCUGUAGGUUGUGUUGGGAUAUUUUUAUGCUGACAACUGGUCCUUUGUCGAUCUUCAUUAUUAUUUUCCUGGCUUCUAGAG